AUGGGGAAAAUUCGGGUGGGCAUAGUCGGCCUGUCCAGCAAGCCCGGGGCGUGGGCGGCACUGGCGCAUCUCCCGCGGCUGGCGUCGUCGCCCAACUUUGAGAUUGUCGCCAUGUGCAAUUCGACGCUCGAGUCGACCAAGGCGGCCAUCAAAGCGCACAACCUCGACCCGGAGACGGUCAAGGCGUAUGAUUCCUACGACAAGAUCGCCGCCGAUCCAAACGUCGACCUCUUCGUCGUAUCGACCCGGGUCGACAGCCACUACGACGUGGUCGUCCCCGCCUUGCAGGCCAGCCGGAAUGUCUUUGUCGAAUGGCCGCUGGCCACCACGACGGAGGAGGCGAGGAAGAUCGCGACCCUGGCCAAGGAGAAAGGCGUCCGCACCAUGAUUGGGUUCCAAGCGCGGGCAUCGCCAUCCAUCAACAAGAUCAAGAAUCUCGUCGACACCGGUUCCCUAGGCGAGAUCCACAGCGUCAAUUACCACGGGGUCAUCAACAACUGGCUCGACGGCGCCGCCGACGAACGAUACGCCCAUUUCCUCCAACGCAAAGUCGGCGCCAAUCCCCUGACCAUCUACGGCGGGCACGCUCUCGACUCGAUCCUCUACGCUAUCGGGGAGCUCAAACCGGGCACCUACCAGGCCCUUGCCGUCAACCUCCUCCCCAAAAUGCCCAUGAAGCUUGCCGACGGCACACUCUCCCCCGACGUCUACGACAAGGACACGCCCGACCAGAUCCUCCUGCAGGGUCAAUUCGCCCGCGACCCCCCCGCGGUGCUCAGCUUCCACUUGCGCGGCGGCCCGCGGUUUCCCGACACACCCGGCUCGACGUGGGAGAUUUACGGGACAAAAGCCGUGCUGUGGGUGACGUUUGCCAGCGCGGGCCCGCAGAUGGCCAAGGCCCUGAGCUUUCGACGCUACGAUCUGGCCACCAAGGAGGUCGAGGAUAUCGUGGUCGACGAAGGCGGACACGAGUGGACCGGCCUUCCCAACCAGGGGCAAAAUAUCGGUCGGCUCUACGAGGCGUACGCCCUGGGGCAGGGAUACGGUGAUUUCGACCUGGCUGUAAAGAGGCAUGAGUUGUUGGAUGAGUUCUGGGCAUCCAUGUCAGGUCGGUCGUGA